AUGUCAAUGGCCAAGUUGCGCCAACGAAAACGUGUAAAUGCCUCAAGUAUCUAUCGCCGUAAUUAUCUCACCUCCUGCAGGAAGACUGCUUUCUGCCGGGCAAAGUUGCGUGAACUUUGGAAAGAGAAUCACGUGAUAGAAUGGCUCCGGCUCUUGAUGAAACGGCACAGGAGGCAAAACGUGACAACUGAUGAACCAUCAGUGAGGUCUUUUCACCGAUGGCGUGUUUGCACUUCGAUUAACGUUUCAUCCUUAGCGAAUGAACUUGUCUUCCAUGCCAGUAGCAAGAUAUUUUCCACAUUCUCCCGACCAUCACCAAAGACUACAAGAACUUCAUUUCAAAUUAUCCAAGUUCAUGCGUUCUCUACAAUGCCAAGUAAAUAA